AGUUAACUGUCAGUUUUUGUCGAAUGACACGACUGAAUAUCAAAAGAAUUGUUGCUAAAAAAGGUAAAUACUUAACAAAUACAUAAAAAUAAAGAUAGUUUGUGUUGUAUUUAUUCAAAUUUCGAUACAACAGCAAACAAAAAUGGUAUUAGUGAUAUCACAAGAUACUUUCGAUAACGCAGUACGUGAAAACAUCGAAGACCUAGGGCUAGAACCCGAAGAAGCGUUACAAGAAGCAGUAAAACAAUUCGAAAGUCAAGGUGUUGAUUUAAGUUCGAUUAUAAAAGAACUCAGUAUAUCCCCUUCGGUUAAAGCAAACAUCGAAACGGAAAUAACUAAAUUAAAAAAAUUAACUAAAAAAGAUACCCCCGAUAAAGAACUUAUGGACCAAAUGGAAAUAAUCAAAGAAGAAUGUGAUAAAGGGCUAGUAAAUAGAGUAGGUGUAGGUAAAGCCGGAGCGUAUAACGCCCUAUUAGACGUAUUGGAAGUGAAAAAAUCGUAUGUGGCAGUCGAAAGAACGUGUUUGAAGACUUUAAUCUCCCUAAUGAACAAACAACCCGAUUUAUUAGAUGAACGAGGUAUUAAAUUGAUGCUCACUUUUCUGCAUAUAAAAACAGACUUCGACGUUAAGAAAUUAACGUUGAGAUGGAUAAAAAGUUGUUGCGUAUUACACGAAAACAACAGACAAAAUAUUUUCGACGCGAACAUUUUGGAUAAAUUGAAAGAUUUAUUGAACGACGGUAGCUCGGAUAUUUUGAGGGAAGUUUUGGCAGUGUGUAGAUCUUUGGUAUUGGACGACGAUGUUAGAGUAGAGUUUGGGAAGGCCCACGAACAUGCUAGAAUCAUAGCCAGCGAGAUAUUGUGCCCUUUGACUCAAUUGAUGGCACGUUUUAAAGGCGACGAGCCUUUCAUACACGAUUUGAUGUUGACGGUGUCGGCUUUGAUGGUGAGGACGGAAUUUUGUAAAAAGGUCCACGACGCCGGGGGUAUUGAAAUGAUAGCCGAAGUUAUGAAUCAUUUUAGUGGUAAUGAGAGAAUCAACAAGCAGUGCUUCAAACUCAUCAAAUGUUUGGCUGGUAACGACAUCUGUAAAGCGAAUAUGUUACAUAAAAAUAUGGCCCCCACUAUUACGAAAGCCCUAACAGGGAAUAAGGGAAACGUUUCAACCGCAGUAUCCGGUUUAACUGCCAUAGCGGCUUUAACCCUCAGAUCACCGGAAAAUAGCAAAACGUUAUUCGAAGCCGAUAUACCGGCCGCCAUUGUCGAUAUAAUGAAAAUGUAUCCGGAUAAUAAGGAAGUACAGAAAUCGGCGAGUCGCGCCGUCAGAAAUAUGGUAUCCAGGAGCCGUUACCAAAACAAGACGUUCAUCGAACUCGGUAUCGAUGAAAUUCUUCAAUCGGAUUUGAAAAAAUUCAAAGACAUCGAAUACGAUAUCAAAGCGGCUUUAAGAGAUUUGGGUUGCAACGUCAAAUUCAACGAAGAAUGGACCGGUAAAGGCGGCGCUUUAACCACCGGCGGCAAACUUUCCUAACCCUAUGUAUAUAUAACAAAUUUUACGCGAACGGCUUUUUUGUAUAACAUUUCGGUGAUUCAUACCAAAAAAAAAUUCGUUACGUCAAAUUUUCGUGCUAAAAAGUUGUUUUUUUCCAAAAUUUUCGUACCACCCUCGUAAUUAUUAUUUCCUUGUCACGGUAUAUUUCGUAAUAUUCAUGGAGGAACCGAUGGAGAUCGUGGAAGAUCCAGAAAAACUUGGAAAGAGAUUUUUUGGCGACAAGUUCGUUUUUUGCGUGAUUCUCCCAAUAUUUCGUGUCACCCUCGUAAUUACUGGUUCGUUGUUGUGGUAUAUUUCGCAAUAUUCAUGGAGAAACCGAUGGAGAUCGUGGAAGAUCCAAAAAAAACUUGGAAAGUGCGAUUUUUUUGGUGAAAAGUUCGUUUUUUGCGUGUUUCUCCCAAUAUUUCUUACCACCCUCGUAAUUAUUGGUUCGUUGUUGUGAUAUAUUUCGUAAUAAUCAUGGAGGAACCGAUGGAGAUCGUGGAAGAUCCAAAAAAAACUUGGAAAGUGCGAUUUUUUGGGUGAAAAGUUCGUUUUUUGCGUGUUUCACCCAAUAUAUCGUACCACCCUCGUAAUUAUUGCUUCGUUGUUGUGAUAUAUUUCGUAAUAAUCAUGGAGGAACCGAGGGAGAUCGUGAAUGAUCCAAAAAAAACUUGGAAAGUGCGAUUUUUUUGGUGAAAAGUUCGUUUUUUGCGUGUUUCCCCCAAUAUUUCUUACCACCCUCGUAAUUAUUGGUUCGUUGUUGUGAUAUAUUUCGUAAUAAUCAUGGAUGAACCGAGGGAGAUCGUGAAUGAUCCAAAAAAAACUUGGAAAGUGCGAUUUUUUUGGUGAAAAGUUCGUUUUUUGCGUGUUUCUCCCAAUAUAUCGUACCACCCUCGUAAUUAUUGCUUCGUUGUUGUGAUAUAUUUCGUAAUAAUCAUGGAGGAACCGAGGGAGAUCGUGAAUGAUUCAAAAAAAAACUUGGAAAGUGCGAUUUUUUUGGUGAAAAGUUCGUUUUUUGCGUGUUUCUCCCAAUAUUUCUUACCACCCUCGUAAUUAUUGGUUCGUUGUUGUGAUAUAUUUCGUAAUAAUCAUGGAUGAACCGAGGGAGAUCGUGAAUGAUCCAAAAAAAAUGGAAAGUGCGAUUUUUUUGGUGAAAAGUUCGUUUUUUGCGUGUUUCUCCCAAUAUAUCGUACCACCCUCGUAAUUAUUGCUUCGUUGUUGUGAUAUAUUUCGUAAUAAUCAUGGAGGAACCGAGGGAGAUCGUGAAUGAUCCAAAAAAAAUGGAAAGUGCGAUUUUUUUGGUGAAAAGUUCGUUUUUUGCGUGUUUCUCCCAAUAUUUCUUACCGCCCUCGUAAUUAUUGGUUCGUUGUUGUGAUAUAUUUCGUAAUAAUCAUGGAGGAACCGAGGGAGAUCGUGAAUGAUCCAAAAAAAAUGGAAAGUGCGAUUUUUUUGGUGAAAAGUUCGUUUUUUGCGUGUUUCUCCCAAUAUUUCUUACCGCCCUCGUAAUUAUUGGUUCGUUGUUGUGAUAUAUUUCGUAAUAAUCAUGGAGGAACCGAGGGAGAUCGUGGAAGAUCCAAAAAAAACUUUGAAAGUGCGAUUUUUUUUGGUGAAAAGUUCGUUUUUUGCGUGUUUCUAUCAAUAUUUCGUACCACCCUCGUAAUUAUUGGUUCGUUGUUGUGAUAUAUUUCGUAAUAAUCAUGGAUGAACAAAAAAAAUUGGAAAUUGUUAUUUUUAUGGUGGUAAGUUCGUUUUUUACGUGUUUUUUGCAAUAUUUUCUACCGCCCUCGUAAUUAUUGGUUCGUCCUUGAGACAUAUUUCGUAAUAAUAAUCGUGGAACUGAUGGAGGCCAUUGAAGACGUUCUAAUGACGUUUUUUAUGAAACUACGUGAUUUUUUUUUAUUUUUGGGUCAAAAAGUUUCUAAUUUUUAUUUCAGUCCAAAAAAGCGUGAAGUUUUUACAAAAAUGUCGAUUUAUGAUCGUUUUUUGGACUUGAAAAGUAAUUUUAAGUCCUUGAAUGUAUAUUAGGGGGUUCAAGUCCUGAUAACCCACAAUUUGGUUAAUUUCCUUGAUGGUGGUACUUGAAUUUUGAUUUAAAAGAACGAAAAAUUAUUUUUUUUUGUCGUUUCUAUUAAUUUUUGGUAUCAAUCACAAUUUUUCUUAUUUAUUAAUAGAUUAAUAUAAAAAAAUUUUAUAACGCAUUUUUUUAAAAUAUAAUUUUUUAAUAACAA